AAAAAAAAAAAAAAAAAAAAAAACAGAUUUUAGCCCAUUUAAAAAUCGCCACUAUGUCUUUAACAACCAUGCGUUCUUCACCAUUGACCUUUGCACCGGCACCUCAGGCUGGAAAAGCCGCCCAGGGCCAGCCUGGAUUACUAGCCAAUGACUCUAUUGACAACCAUGAUGCUUUUUUUCGAUUAUCCUUGCCGGAAUUCAAAAACACGAGCCCCGAAAUUUAUGAUACCCAGGAUGAUUCUUUUUGCACUUCAAGAGACCAAGAUUAUUUCACUUCUCCUUUCACGACGGCAGAGAUUAAUGAGCUUCAAUGCCAAUACUUUAACAACUCAGAGCCGUUCUGGUCAGCAUUAAACGAACAAAACGAAGCUAGCAUGCUCCCCGAAAGCAUUAUGCCAACCGGAAACACUACACAUCAACCCCAAGACCCAUCUUUCGAUCCAUUCCUACGCGCACUCCAAGGCUCCCCGGACAACCACACCCUGAAUCAAACGCCAGAUCCACAGAUCUUUGGCCUCGACGAGGCACAUGAAUUACCGCCUAUGGAUGAAAUUCCAAUAUGUUGGGAGCACGGGUGCAACGGCAAAGUGUUCUCAAGCUGGAGCAACUUGCGGCGACACGAGCGAGAGCGGGCCUCUCAAGCCCCGAGGUGCUAUUGCCCACGGUGCGGUGCGUACUUCACUCGGACUACAGCUCGCAAUCAACAUCUUGCCAAUAUGAGCUGUUCGAGAAUUCGUCGGUACUCUAAUGGUCGAACGAGACUUAUUAUGAAAAAGAUACAGGAUAAUUUUGGCUUUCAAUCAUGAGACGGAGUUGGAGAUAUAUAGAACGCAAUGAUUUUAUGAAAUACGAAGUACAAGAGAGCUGUCUUAGAAUUAUGCAAAAUUGACAUGUCUUGUGC